GAGCAAUCGCGUCCCCGCUUCCCCACUGCCGCCGUGUCCGCCCCGUCGCGCCCCGCCAUGGCCGCCCGUUACCUCCGCGCUGCCCCGGUGCUGAGCCGCUUGGUUCGCUGCCCCCUCCCCGCCGCUUCCGUGGGGCAGCACCGGCACUAUGCCGACAAGCGGAUCAAGGUGGCCAACCCGGUGGUGGAGAUGGACGGGGACGAGAUGACGCGGAUCAUCUGGGCCUUCAUCAAGGACAAGCUCAUCCUGCCCAACGUGGACGUGCAGCUGAAGUAUUUUGACCUGGGGCUGCCGCACCGGGACAAGACGGAUGAUCAGGUCACCAUCGACUCGGCGCUGGCCACCAAGAAGUACAGCGUGGCUGUCAAGUGUGCCACCAUCACACCGGAUGAGGCCCGGGUGGAAGAGUUCAAGCUGAAGAAGAUGUGGAAGAGCCCCAAUGGCACCAUCCGGAACAUCCUGGGGGGGACGGUGUUCCGGGAGCCCAUCGUCUGCAGGAACAUCCCGCGCCUGGUGCCCGGCUGGACCAAGCCCAUCACCAUCGGCCGGCAUGCGCACGGUGACCAGUACAAAGCCACCGACUUCGUGGUGGACAAGGCCGGGACGUUCAGGAUGAUCUUCACGCCCAAGGACGGCAGCGGCGCGAAGGAGUGGGAGGUGUUCAACUUCCCCGGCGGCGGCGUGGGCAUGGGCAUGUACAACACAGACGAGUCCAUCUCAGGCUUCGCCCACAGCUGCUUCCAGUACGCCAUCCAGAAGAAGUGGCCUCUCUACCUGAGCACCAAGAACACCAUCCUCAAGGCCUACGAUGGCCGCUUCAAAGACAUCUUCCAGGAGAUCUUCGAUAAGCACUACAAGACCGAGUUCGACAAGCUGCAGAUCUGGUACGAGCACCGGCUCAUCGAUGACAUGGUGGCCCAGGUCCUCAAGUCCUCCGGGGGCUUCGUCUGGGCCUGCAAGAACUACGAUGGGGACGUCCAGUCGGACAUCCUGGCCCAAGGCUUUGGGUCCCUGGGGCUCAUGACCUCGGUGCUGGUGUGUCCGGAUGGGAAGACCAUCGAGGCCGAGGCGGCCCACGGCACCGUCACCCGCCACUACCGGGAGCACCAGAAGGGGCGACCCACCAGCACGAACCCCAUCGCCAGCAUCUUCGCCUGGACGCGCGGCCUGGAGCACAGGGGGAAGCUGGACACUAACCCUGAGCUGAUGAGGUUCGCCCAGACACUGGAGAGGGUGUGCGUGGAGACAGUGGAGAGCGGGACGAUGACAAAGGACCUGGCUGGCUGCAUCCACGGCCUGGCCAAUGUGAAGCUGAACGAGCACUUUGUGAACACCACCGACUUCCUGGACGCCAUCAAGAACAACCUGGACAAGGCCCUGGGCAAGAAGUAGGGACCGGGGCACCCGGCCCCGCUGCUGCGGCGUGGAUGGAAGCGGCGCCUCCAGCCUGGCCCCGCAGCUCAGGGACACCUCAACCCCUUUUGUAAGCGGUUUUCUUACCAGUGUUCAUAAAGCUUUUCUAGCAGGGAUGUGUAGGACCGGGGUGCCCGCAGUGUCUCGUGUACCCCCCGGGCCAGCAGCCAUUAAACACCUCACCCC